AUAAUAAUUAUCACUCGAUCUCGAUGGUCUUGUUAUUAUGAGUCCUUAUGGGGAUCACUUACUAGUAGUAUUUAUCCUGAUAUUAGGGUCAAGUACUUGUCCUUUUUCUUUAUAAAUAAGUCAUUCGGUCAGAUCAGUCCGUCAUUCAGUUACCAUUCAAGAUGGAAAUAAGUAACAUUUUUUUAAAUGUUAUAAUUUUUCUAUCGCUUGCAGUUGCCUACUUUUGUUUUUAUUUACGUAAAAAAUUAUCAUAUUGGUCAAAGCGAGGCAUCGAAGAAUUACCGGCUACUCAUUGGUUCUUUGGACACUUUAAAGAGGGUAUUUUGUUCCAAGCAAGUCCUGGGUGGCAUCUCGGACAACUAUACAAGCGAGCAAGGAAAAAUGCACCUUUUGUCGGCUUCUACAUAUUUCACAAGCCAUGUCUUUUAGUAAAGGAUCCAAAGAUAAUCCGACAAAUACUAAUAAAAGAUUUUGAUAUUUUUCCUGACAGAAAUUUUGCUGGAAAUACUCAAAAGGACAGUAUUGGCUUAAGGAAUCUGUUUGCUAUUAGAGGUCCAGAAUGGAAAUACAUGAGACAAAAGUUUGCUCCGAUAGUAACUAAAUCGAUGCAGCACAUGCUAAGGCUUAUGCUACAAACUGGAAAACCAAUGUUGGAGUAUAUAGAUCGCCAGAAAGAGAAACAGUUGGAUGCUCAGGAUUUGAGUUUUAAGUAUGCGGCCGAUCUGAUCGCGAGCGUGGCGUUAGGAACGAAUACAGAUUCUUUUAGUAAUCCUGAUGGAGAAGUUCCCCGAAUUUUAUCGUCAUACUUCUACAGCUUCCGGCGCAUGCUGGCGCUAGUGUCUGUGUUCUUCAUGCCGGAUGUCGUGGACCGAACAGGCUCUCUUCUGUUUUUUAACUCCAAGUUUAUGAGGAAGGUGUUCUGGACCGCUAUGGACGAGAGAGAGAAAUCGGGAGAAAAGCGAGGCGAUUUUAUAGACUUUGCUAAACACCUUCAGAGUGAACAGCAAAACCCAUUAUAUGAAUUCUCUGGUGAUAAUCUCGUGCAUCAAGCGGGCACGUUUUUCUCCGGUUUCGAGUCCAGUGCCACUACAGCGGGGUUUACUUUGAUGGAGCUGGCUCGACACAAGGCAUUCCAAGACGAAGCUAGGGCGGACAUUAGGCAGGCAAUCGAGAAGCAUGGUUGGACUUACGACGCUUUCAAGGAGAUGAGGGUUCUGGAACAAUGCAUACGCGAGGCCAUGAGAAUGCACCCGCAGGUAUCGACUCUGGACCGCGUUGGCAAAGAAGACUAUAAGAUCCCCGGCACUAAUUAUACAAUUGAAAAGGGAACUGCCAUCUACAUUUCUAUCUACGGUUUGCAUGAAGAUCCAAUGCACUUCGAGAACCCCAGAACCUAUGAUCCUGGGCGAUUCAACAAGGACCGGGUGGUAUCAGACGCCUAUUUACCCUUCGGAGCAGGACCUAGGAUGUGUCUUGGUACGAAAAUUGGCUUAUUGCACACUAAGGCUGUCGUGUCAAUGAUACUAGCUCACUAUGAAAUACAUCAGAACCCAGAAGAGGAGCACGUGUUGGAUUCGCGAUCCACAUUCACAGCAGCUGCCGAUGGACUAAUGAUUCAGUUUAGGAAAUUAGAUGAAAAUUAACUUAUUUAAUGGAAUGGAAUGGAUUGGCAUAGCCUAAGGUAUUAAAUAGUUACUUUACUUAAGAGGGAAUAAUAACUUUGCGAUCAUAACGAAGUAACGGUACUUUUUCUAUGAAACUCCAUUUCGGGAGAAAACUUAACAAAUCACUUUGAUUUUGAUGUCGAUCGCUUCACCAUAACAUAUUCUAGGUUUAUAGGUUUCGCUUUUUUGAAAAAAAAAAUUGUUUUAGUUUUGCAAAUUUAAAAAAAAUAAAAACCUAUAAACCUAGUUUUUCAUUGUGUCAAUAACAUACCAAAAAAUCAAGGAAAAUGGAAAAUGUUUAGAAGUGGAAAAUAUUUAUUUUCUUUUUGUAUGGACGAGUUCUUCCGUCUUAAUUAAAGGUAAUAGGAGUAGGUACCUAAAAUAUUUUAUUGCAAAAAGAUUGAUAUAUUGGCAUAUAUAGAUUGUUGGGGAUACACAAGUUCCUAUUAAGAAUUAAUCUUGUGUACCUACACAAGAUUGUUACUUUAUAUUAUACCUGAGGGUUCUCAAGUCCUUACCUUUGGUUAUGCCCUUCGGAGACACAUGAACCUAAUUCUUGUGUACCUAAUUUCCGAGCGAUAUACUCAUAUUGUACAAGCCCUAGCACUGUUUUGUACAAUUUUGUUAGUACCGACUUGGUUGCUUCGGCAACUCGCAAUUUAACUAAAUAUACUGUACAGAAUUGUAAACUAAUUUCAAUUACUAAUAUUAAAAAUACAUUUGCAUAUUACAGAUACACAAACUAAACAAUAGUAGGUAAGUAAGUAUCUUUGUUCAAUACGAAUACAACUUUACUUAAGGGUCCUCUCACUGCUACACUGGGCCACUACUUUGACUAAUUAUUAGGAUUUAUGAAGAAAAUGUAGAAUUGUAUUUUGUUCAAGUUAUAGUUUAUAUCGAAUAUGCUAAAGGCGUUACGUACUUUCAACUAUUUUAACGUUUAUUUUUUAUAUUGUAUAUUUCACAUGGCAUGUUGCGUCUAUAUCUCAACGAGAGGGGGAGGGUUUAGGCUCGGCAACGCGCAUGUCUCCUCUGGCGUUGCAGGCGUACAUAGGCCACGGAGACUGCUUACCAUCAGGCGGGCCGUAUGCUUAUUUGCCACCGACGUAGUAUAAAUAAUAUCUACUGCGCUUUUUGUAUGAUUAGAAAGAACUCCACAGAAGUAAGCAAGUUCGUUUAUUACUCAGAAUUUACUUCAAAAUUUUACCGCAUUACAUUAUAUAAAUAAAUAUCUUCAUAUUUACUUCUGUAGAGGCCUUCCUAAUACUAAUAAUGCUAAGUUUAAAAUGAACUACCUAUAAUUAAUAUUUAUUGAUUAAUACUUUAUUGCAAUUAAAGUUAUGUACGUAGUAUUGGACUAAUAAAGUAUUUUUUUAAUACAGUUGCUCAAAAAGUGCUACUUUACGUAGCUGUUUAGCGUGCGGAAAGUUGCAUUACGCGAACUAGUGCUUUUUACUUUUCCACUUGUUCCAAUUCAUGACUACUUAUUGAUGAGUGUUAAUGUUAGUUUCCUUUAAAAGUCAUAAUCAACAUAAAAACCUGCUGUUAAUGUAAAAAUAGUAAAUAUGAGCAUAUUACAUAUUUUAUUACUUACCUCUUCAUCAUUAUAACACGUUAAUUUUUAAUAUUGAAUAUUGAAAAACCGUUCUUAAUAAUUUGUCUGAAUGGAACGGAAUAGCUGCCGAAACGCCUGUAAAAGCAGAGGCGUUUUUCUUACUGCAAGAAUGUUUUAAGUUUCCAAAGGCAACAUUCGAUAUUGUUUUUAUUCAAUUUAAAUAUACCAUACACAAAUAAUCGUUAAUAACGAUACUUAGGUAAUAAUAGUAUAAUAUUUUAUAUUUACAAUUGUGUCUGUCUUAUAGAACAUGCAUACAAAAGUACUUGUUGAUUUUCUUAUUUUUUCGCAACUGUAUCAAAAAAUGUCGUUCGAUACACGUGCGGAAAUGUCUUUCUUCACUCGCCUACGGCUCGUGGCAAGAUCUCUCGGUACGGUAAAAGUAAUGACAUACUUUCCGCACUAGCAUCGAAAUGUACUAUUUUUGCACCGAAAAUACAUGGAUAUUGUUUUUUCAACAAAAUAUAUACCAUGUAAUGAGAAGUAAUUAAAUUACACUUAGAUAUUUCCA